UACCUUACAAGUUACAACACUCUCCUCAAUCUUUUAAGCAGUUUAUCAGCUUCAUUCCCACCAUUUCUUAACAAUAUCUCUCUCAUCCACUCCAUUAUGACUGUAAUAACUCCUCAAUUUCAUCAAUCUCACUUCAAUCCAAUAAACUCAACCACUAACCCAACAUUACCCACUUCCAAAAUCCCCCGAAAAAUCAUAACUUUACCUUCAAAAACAACUAUAAAAGGCAAGAAUUCCACAAAAAACCCAGAAAAAUGGGAGAGGAAGAAGCAAGGCUACGUAGACUAUGACAAAGGAGAGCAUCACGUGAGUGAGCACGUGAGCGGUUUCAGGAAGGAUGAUAUUCCUAGAAGAUACAGGCUUAAAGUGGAGGCUGAUAAAUUCCAGAAAGAUUGGUCCAUCACCCAGUUGGUUCACAAAAUUAUGGCCCUUAAUCAUGGGGAUGAUAUUCAAGGUCUUUUGAAUCAUUGGGUUGGGAGGUUUUCUAGGAAGAAUUAUCCCCUGCUUAUUAAGGAGUUGACUCAGUUGGGUUCUAUUGAGCAUGCAAUUCAUGUUUUCAAUUGGAUGAAAAAUCAGAAGAAUUACUGUGCACGAAAUGAUAUAUACAAUAUGAUGAUCAGAUUGCAUGCCAGACAUAAUCAUGUAGAUCAGGCUCGUGGCUUAUUUUUUGAGAUGCAAAAAUGGAAGUGCAAGCCUGAUGCUGAAACGUACAAUGCUCUCAUCAAUACACAUGGAAGAGCUGGUCAAUGGCGUUGGGCGAUGACAAUAAUGGAAGAUAUGCUUCGUGCAGCUAUUGCUCCAAGUCGAUCUACAUAUAAUAACUUGAUCAACGCUUGUGGAUCCUGUGGAAAUUGGAGAGAGGCUCUCAAAAUCUGCAAACAAAUGACCGAUAAUGGAGUUGGGCCUGACUUGGUAACUCACAACAUCAUUUUGUCAGCCUAUAAAACUGGUGCUCAAUAUUCUAAAGCUUUGUCCUAUUUUGAACUUAUGAAAGGGACACAUAUACGCCCUGACACUACGACUCUAAACAUUAGAAUAUACUGCUUAGUAAAGCUUGGUCAGUAUGAGGAAGCUUGUGGUGUUUUCAAUUCAAUGAGAGAGAAGAAAUCUGAGUGUCCCCCUGAUGUAGUGACAUUUACUAGCAUCAUGCAUAUGUACUCCAUAUGUGGGGAGAUCGAGAACUGCAAGGCUGUGUUUGACACAAUGCUUGCUGAGGGUCUUGUACCCAAUAUUGUGGCGUACAACACGCUGCUGGGUGCGUAUGCCUCUCAAGGGAUGAGUGAAGAAGCAGUGAAAGUUUUUAACGAGAUCAAGCAAAAUGGUAUCCGACCAGAUGUUGUGUCUUACACAUCUCUCCUUAAUGCAUAUGGAAGGUCGCAACAACCCAAGAAGGCCAAGGAGACAUUUGAGUUGAUGAAGCAACAUUAUUGCAAGCCAAAUAUCAUUAGUUAUAAUGCACUUAUUGACGCCUAUGGUUCAAAUGGCUGUUUAGCUGAGGCUGUAGAAGUGUUACGUGAAAUGGAACGGGGAGGAAUUCAGCCUAAUGUUGUCUCAAUAUCUACUCUUCUGGCAGCUUGCGGCCGCUGUUGUGAAAAAGUGAAAAUUGAUUCAAUAAUUUCAGUGGCUGACAAGCGAGGCAUUGAAUUGAAUCUGGUUGCAUAUAACACGGCAAUUGGAAGCUAUAUGAAUGUUGGGGAAUUUGAUGAGGCAUUAGCUCUGUAUAAAGCUAUGAAGAAAAAGAAUGUUAAAGCUGAUUCUGUUACAUACAACGUGUUGAUAACUGGCUGUUGUAAGAUGUCCAAGUAUGACCAGGCUAUUGAAUUUCUUGACAAAAUGACGAAUUUGAACAUUCCUGUCACCAAAGAGGUGUACUCUUCUGCUAUCACAGCCUAUAGUAAGCAGGGACGAGUAGCAGAGGCGGAAUCUAUGUUUGCUAGAAUGAAGACAGCUGGUUGUCAACCUGAUAUUAUUACUUAUACAAAAAUGAUACAUUCUUAUAGUGAAGCUGAGAAGUGGGACAAAGCAUGUGCAAUUUUUCAGGAGAUGGAGGAAAAUGAUAUCCAACCUGAUGUUGUUGCCUGCUCAGCUCUGAUGAGGGCUCUUAAUAAAGGAAAUCAACCAGCUAAAGUUCUUGGCUUGCUGGAGUAUAUGAAAGAGAAAAAUAUCCCAGUUAAUGAUGCCAUACACUUUGAAGUCAUAUCUGCCUGUAGCUUGCUUCGAGAUUGGGAAACGGUGAUCAAAGUGAUUAAAGUGAUGGAACCGAUGUUGCCUCAAAUUUCAACAGGCCUUCUGAAUCACCUGUUACAUUUUCUUGGAAAAUCUGGGAAAAUGGAGUCAAUGAUGAAGUUGUUUCUUAAGAUAGUAGCAUCAGGUGCAGAGAUCAAUUAUUCUACCUAUUCAGUUUUAUUGAAAAAUCUUCUGGCGGCUGGGAAUUGGAGAAAGUACAUAGAGGUUUUGCAGUGGAUGGAAGAUGCAGAGCUUCAACCUUCAAUCACAAUGUACCGUGAUGUAUUGUUCUUUGCUCAAAGAAGCGGUGGCUCAGACCUUGCUGCAGUCAUUCAGGAGCGUAUAGAUUCCUUGAAACAUAACCCUCAAAACCCGGCUACACGAAACCAGCUGUGCAGUUCUGCACUUUCACCAUCAAAUUUGACCAUCGAAUGUUCAGAUAUAAAUUUCAGCCUUAGAUAACUUCAACCUCGUAUGUGUCCAUAAUUCCUCAAUAUGAAAGACAAGCGAUUGGGCGUAGUGAAGUAGAUGAGAUCCCUAGUUGAGGUCAAUUUUGUAUAUUUAUGUUUGUAAUCGUUAUAACUGGCAUUACUUUUGUCAUUCCUUGAAAGAAAGACGGGACGUAUUUUCCGUCGUGAACACUGUUUUAUCACGAGCGAAUCAAUUUUGUCAUCCA